AUGAGCACCGCCACGCCGUCACCAAGCACGCCUGAAAGCGGAAUCGUAUCCCAGCCGCCUCCGUCGCUGCUGCUGCCCCCGGCAUACCCCGGUCCGGCGGCGACCUUGCCGCCACCGCCCUCAGCACCCCAGCUCUUGCCGCCACCGCUUGCACUUCAAUCAAGCCCUCCCUUGCCGCCAGCUCGGGCCCCAGCUCAACCACCGCCGCCGUCACCACCACCGCCACCUCGGCCGCCGCCUCCUCCUCUGACAGAAAUUCCAGCAGGCUCCAGCUUCACCUCCUUCAUUGGUGUUCCCACAAGGCCCUCAACAUUGAGACUCGAGAUCAUCUCAGGACGAGUGGCGCGAGCCCUGGGACUGAACUCUUCAUCCGUCGCCACCACGAUCAGCGGGGUCUACAUAACCACGUUCUACCGGGUGGGGGCCGGCAGUAGCAGCGGUAUCAACGCCGCUGCUGCUGCUGCCGGGCGGCGGCGCCGGGCCGCUGCCGCCGGCAGCGGCGAAGCGGGUGCAUCAGGUCGGACCCGGCGGCUGGCGGCAUCGGAGCCGUGUGUGCCCUGUACGGCUGCCGUGGAGGCGGCACUGACGUCGGGACUGUGCGCGCAGCUUCAGCCAACCAGAUGCAGUGACGUGGCCGUGUCCUGCAUGAUGAGUCAGAAGGCAGCCACCACCGCCGCCGCCACUACAGCUUUUCCGGUGCUGCCGCCCACUGUGUCCACCUCAUCCUCGUCCUCCAGCAACUGCACCUCAGUGCUUUCGGCUAUGUUCCCUAUCAACAACGCCACGUGGCAGUCGAUACUCACGAGCAGGCUCCUGCAGACGCCGAUUCCCAUCAUCGGUGGAGACUACGGUACGGCGUCAGCCCCCACCGCGCAGGACAUCGCCGUGUCGUCCAGCUUGAAAACCGUUGUAUCCAACACAGCCGCCAAGAACACCGAGGUCAUGGUGAGCGGGGCGCUGGUGGGUCAGGUCGUGGCUUCCUCCUUGGGCCUCACUCCGGAUCAGGUAGCGGUAGGUGGCAUCACAGUGAACCGCAGACCCCAAGGGAAGAAUACCCCAGGGGGAACUGUAGGGGAACCCCCCUUCGUCAUCUCCUGUCUGCAUCCACGAUUACUGCCUUUUGAAAUUUUUAUUAUCAAGGCGUGCCAAAAUAUCAUUGAGUCCGUGACCACCAACUCCACCACUAACGACCAGGCUGUCAUCCUGACCAGCGACGGCGGAAUCACGUGGUACGACAGUGGUGGCGGCAGCGGUGACAGCAGCCUGCAGGGCGCUGCUGCUGCGGCGCCGCCGCCACCCUCCCGGGGCUGCUCGCAAGGCCCCAAUCUGGGACGCCUCUGUGGAAACGAUGCCGUGGGCGCUAUCUCGGGCAUCGUCGUUGGUGGCCUAAUGGCGUGUGUGCUGGCGAUGGUGCUGCUGUUGUUGGCGUUACGAGGGCCCCGCCACCGCAGUGCGCGUUACGAGACGCCGCUGACGAUGGUUCCAACAGAGCAUUGGAACGCAAUGUAUGCAGCGGGCGUUACAACAGCAGCACCAGCAGCUGAUGCUGGCGUUGUUGAGGGUACCACGCCAUGGCGAGAGCAGGCGCGAGUGUCACCUUGGGGUUAUGGACACGGAGCUCUCGCUGCCGUACAGCAGCAACCCGCCGGUGUGGUACGACAACCCGGCACUGGCAGCUAUAGUAUGGGCCUUAUGGAAGGGCUGGUAGAUGCUGGUGGAGCCGGUUUGCCGGCGUUCGGCGACAAUGCAGGCGUUACGACCAUAGAACGGCCCAUUCCAGGCAUCGACCUGGUCGAGGACGGCGGCCUGGGAGCUGGUUUUUCAGGGGCUUUGGCGGCUGCUGCAACAGCACCUGUUGGGAGCCACAACAGUUGGCUGAGGGCCAAGCCGGCCGGCCUUGCACUAGCAGAAACACAGCAGGCAGGAGGAAAUCCUUACGUCGUACGUCCGCUGAGUACGGCGGAGGGGGGCGGGCCGGGCGUGUACAGCAUCUCACGGCGUGGGGCUGCUGGACCCGGGGCAUACGUGGUAACGCCACUCGCCGCAGGGAGCCAGGGGAAUCCGGGUAAUGGUGGAGGCGUUGGCGUUGAUGGCAGGUUGAUGGGGAUCCCUGCCGCCGCCGCCGCCGCCGCCACCGGCGCAGCUGCCAACGCGCCCGAGGCCGGCAUAGGCCACUUUGGCCGCAGCCGCAGCCUGGGAUCGUACGGCAUGGGGCAUGCGUUACGGCCAUUCGGCCCAAGCAUGCCGAACAUGGGCAGCCUGCCUAGCAUGGGGGGGGUAGUGGGCAGCUCUCCGGGAGUAACGCUCGGCGGCGGCAGCACCGGCGGGGCCCGCCCACUGUCCCCACUCGCCCCUGCCACCAGGCAUAGCGCUGGUGAGCUGAUAGGUGCCAGUGGCAUCGGCGGCGGCGCUGGCCGGGUUGCGUACGGCAGGCUAGGAGACGUGGAAGAGGAACCAAAUGAAAUCCGGAAUGCCAUAGAUGGUAGUUAUGGUGGGGUGUACGAUGCCGUACCACUAGGCUUCGCCACCAGCGCCGCUGCCGGUGCCGGGUAUGAUAAUGAUCGUCCCUGGGAACCGACACCGCCAACAUCACGUGCGGCUGGACUGGCCGCUCUUGCGCCCAGCGGCAACGGUGGCGGCUUUGGACAAGCUCCCAGGCCGUACGCUCGUACGGCAACUUGGGGUCCGCAUCGCGGCAUGUGGCCGGAGGCUAUUGACGCUGGCUUUUCCGGCCGCUGA